AGGCCAAGCAGCGCGGCUGGAUGAUAGCGUGGCGAUGAUCCGCAGGCUGGGCACUGCCGGCUAUGUGGCGCCCGAGGUACUCAACACCAGAAGCCAUGGAUAUGGCAGCCUGAGUGACGUGUUCAGUGCGGGGGCGGUGUGCUUCUUUGUCUACAGCGGCCUGGAGGCCUUCAGAGACGUGAACCAUAGCGCCACCAUCCAGCGCACUUUGGCCGGCAAGGCGCGCUUCUCGCACCCCAAGGCGAAGCAGGUGCGCACGGGCACGCUGCACCUGCUGAAGAAGAUGCUGGCAGCCAGCCCGAAGAAGCGGCCCCGGGCAGCCAAGGCCUGCAAGGCGCUUUGGAACCUGGGAACUGAGGAGGUCAAAGAAAGCCCAAUGGCUUACAAGGCCUUCUGCAGCCUGCCGCUGGUGGAGGAGAAGUCCGAGACCGCCAGCUUUGCGCGGUUACAGCCAGUUGCGGAGUUCCAGGAGGAGGAGGAAGAGGGGAGCGAGAUGGAGAUGGGCUUCUCCCCCACCAGACAGGGGAGCGGUCCCUGCCCGAGCCCCUCUGUUCUGCAGAGGGGCUCGCAGUCGAUGACUGCGUCAAGCGUCGGUGGAGUCUUAGGUGUUGGCUCGAUCGAGACCAGUCAGGUCCCGAAGCCGCCGGCGCGGUCCAGCAGCUUCUUCACGCGCUUCAAGCGCAUCGUGACCCGCUGAGGGCGAAAACCCGAGGGGGUCUGGCGAGGACGGCCCUGGCGCUUACCCCGGCGCCUGCGGUUCUGACUCCAUUUGGGUGUG